ACGUACAGAUCAUCAGAACAUAAAUUGGCGUUAUCAUUUUAGUUCUCUGGACUUUGAAUAGGAAACGAGCGUGCAUUGCUCAAACGGCGUGGUGAAUCAGGCCCUGCGGUUUAGUAGGAUAUUUGCUGAUGAAAAUGUCGCUAGGAAACGGAUUCCUUCUUUACUUUGUGUGUGUGUGUGUACGGUGCUGCAACAGCAGGAAGUUUAAAAUAGUCCGCAGCGGAAAGCAAAAAAAGAAAUUGUAUCCCAAGCUUUCAAACACAGUAUUCUUUUGAAAAGGCAAUUCUUCUAAGCUGCAUCAUUUGACCAACUCAAGUAUUGUGUGUUUUUUUUUAAAAGGAGUUGGUCUACCAGGUGACUCAUCAGACUGAGGAAUUUCUAAGGAAUCUGCUGGCCAGAAAAAAACAUGCUGAGAACAGCGAUGAAUCUUCCUUGAAUUAUCUGCUUAUGCAAAGAAAGAUUGAAAAAUGUCACAGCAGCUGGUAAAAGAAGCCUUUCUAAGUAACCUAAAUGGAACGACGUUAUUUGAAAUUUCUGUUAGCAUACCUGUUGCACCAUUAUGUAUUCUCACCAGAGGACUGCUCCUAAUUUUGUAUUUUCUCCAUAAUGGAAGACCUUUAUGCUCAAUGUAUGGUAAUUUUUUUCUAGACUUCACUGUUUUAAUCGUCCCUCUAGUACUUACCUGUACGAUUUUAGCUUCCAUACUCCCUUUUGUGAUCCUCUCCAUUAUGGCAUUCUGCACAGGCUUGAUUUUUGUCAUUUAUACUAAACGGACAAAUUAUGCCCAAGUGUCUCUUAAGCAAAUCUUAGAUGAUUUUCUGAGAACCAACUUGGACCCCGAAUACAUUCCCGCCAUAACCUCUCUUCGAGUGUUCAUCAAUUUAUGGACCUCCAUUAGCAUCCUGGCUGUAGACUUCCCACAGUAUCCCCGGAGAUAUGCCAAAACGGAGUCUUAUGGGACAGGAGUGAUGGACUUGGGAGUUGGAAUAUUUGUUUUUGGAAAUGGUGUGGUUUGUCCAGAAGUUCGGCUGAAACCUGGUGCAACCCAAAACAAAUUCUUUUAUCUCACAAGGCAGUUGUUGACGGUAUGGCCCCUCCUCCUCCUUGGCUUUGGACGACUAAUGAGUGUUAAAGCAGCUGACUAUUAUGAGCAUGUCACUGAGUAUGGUGUACACUGGAACUUUUUCUUCACUUUAGCUGCUAUACGAAUGGGUGCAUCGCUCCUUCUGACUGUAUUCCCCGUGCACAAAGCCUGGAUAGUCGCAGUAAUGUUAUCUGUGGUUUAUGAAUUCUUUCUUGAGAUUACGUCUCUGAAGAUGUUCAUUUUGCAUGGAAGCAAUGGGCAAGAUUCAAGGACUGGUUUUCUAAAUGCCAACAGAGAGGGCAUAUUUUCUGUCAUUGGUUACCUUGCUAUCUACAUGGCUAGUGUGCAAGUAGGUUUCUAUUUGUUAGGAAAAAGAACAACAGUAAGAGGGUGGCUUAAAAUAAUCUGCUACUUUUUACAGGCCAUUUUCCUCCUUUUUAUAUGUCUCUUCGUUGCUCAGAUGUACAUUGACACCGUGUCCCGACGAAUGGCAAACCUUUCUUUUUGUAUAUGGAUUGUUGCUAGCUGCUUGAUUGCAUUUAGUUCUUUUUUAGUGGUUGAUCUCAUUCUUGUAUUCAUAAAGCUGGUUGUUGGUGGGGCUGAUAUUCCUAGUAGUUGGAACAUUCUGCACUCAUCAACAUAUAAAAAAUCUGAUUUGGAAUUUCGGCACAGAAAAAACGAAUCUCAGAGUAUAUGUAUGAUCAAUGCUGUGAACAAAAACCAGCUUCUGCAUUUUUUGCUAGCCAAUGUUUUAACUGGUCUUGUAAAUAUGCACGUUGAUACAGUGCACAGCAGCACACUCUCUGCCAUGUUAAUUGUGCAUUUGUAUAUGUUUACAAACUGUUUAGUUAUGUAUAUGUUACAAGUAAAAAAUAUAAUUUUAAAAUGGUGGUAAUUUACAAAACUGCAGGACAUAUCUAGACAGUCCCCAGACAUGAACAUUGACUUGAAGGCACAAAAAUAUUGCCAAUAAAAAUGAUAAAAGCUGCAAUGCCUUUAUGUAAUAUUGGGUGUUUUUCCUUACGUUUGUGAUAUAUAUGCAUAGUAUAUAUAUUUUUAACUGGGAUAUUUAAUACCCCAUUUCUGAUUUUUAGAAAAUGGAAGGGAAUUAUUUUAAACAAAAUAAGACUUCUUGUCAAUAAUGUGAUAUGUUUACAAACUUUUAUGACAUUAUGAAAUAUAAAAACUAUUAUCACUCAAGUGGGUUGGGACAAUAUUUUUUGUAGGGGAUUAAAGCAUAAAAUUGAUAAUAACAAAGGCACCUGUUUUGAUUAUUAUUUUAGAAAAAUAUAUACUACAGUGGUGCAAUUGAAUAUGAGUGCUGGAGGAUCAGGUGUGGUUUGAAGGUUCCUUAUACCUGCUGUUUCUACUCAGCCCAACUGACAUAUAUAUUUAGGCUGGUUUUGGGCCCUCAAUUGAGAAUACGGAAGGUGAAUCAAAGUAUAAAAAUUAAAGGCGGCCGUUCUACUUAGGUUUCUGGAAAUGGAUUAACUACUACCUACAUUAGCUUAGUUGUAAUUUACUAUUCAUUGUAGAAAAUAAAUUGACAUUUGAAAUUAGAGAACAAGAAGAUAACCAAUAUUAUAAAAUAUGGGAUUUAUUUUAUCAAUGGUUAGAAGGAAAGAUAUGUUAGAAAAGAGUUAAAAAAGGUUGUUAAGAGAAACAAUUGAAUUAAAUUAGGAGAAUGGAAUGAACAAUGUUACUAGAUAAAGCACUAAUUUGGGGAAAUUAACAUGAAAUUAGAGCAUGAAAUGUUAUAACUAUUAUAACCAUGGUUUAAUUAAAAAUUGAUUAAGAGAUUUAGAUAAUGUAAGAUUAGAUGAAUGAAAGAUGUUUAUCUUGAAAUUGCACAAGAGAUAUGUAAACACCCCACCGACACACUGUAAUUGGACUGAAGGGGCUUUUAUAUUUGUUUGUUGUAAAAAAUAAAAAACUUUAAUUUAAAAAAAAAAA